AUGGGACCUCAGCAUUUGAGCCCUGUGCAGCUGCUCUGUCUCCUAGGGGCCAUUUCCACUCUGCCUCGGACUGGAGCUCUUUUGUGUUAUGAAGCAACAUCUUCACUCUUCAGAGCUGUUGGUCUCCAUAACUGGCAAUGGCUUCUGAUGAGGAGCAUGGUGUGUAAACUGAAUGAGGGCUGUGAGGAGACGCUGGUGUUCAUCGAGACAGGGACCAAAAGGGGAAUUGUGGGUUUUAAAGGCUGCAGCCCAGCUUCAUCUUACCCCCCCCAAGUCUCCUACCUCGUUUCACCGCCCGGAUUGUCCAUUGCCUCCUAUAGCCGCGUCUGCCGGACAUACCUCUGCAAUAACCUCACCAACAUGGAUCAUUUUGGGAAACUCAAGGCCAAGGCUCCUAAGACUGUAGCAUCUUCUUCCCAUAGUUGCCCAACCUGUGUGGGCGAGCACUCUAAGGACUGCCUCCCAAAUUUUGUCACCACCGAGGCUUGCCCCGAGAAUGCCACUGAGUGUUACAGUUCCACCUUAAAAUUUCAGGCAGGGUCUCUCAAUACCACCUUCCUCCUCAUGGGCUGUGCUCGUGAAUACACCGAUAUUUUAGCCCACUUUCACCAUAUUGGCAGCAUCAGAGUGACUGAGGUCAUCAACAUCUUAGAGAAGGCCCAGUUUGCUGGUGCAGAGCCCUCUAGUCGGAGACCUGCUUGGGGCAUCCUCUUAGGCCUCCUGUUUGCCUUCAGGGACUGA